GGAGAUGUUUAUCUACGCGGUUAACCUGAGGUCACGACUUCCUGUUCCUGAUAAGACAACACUUUUUCCACACGCACCCUCACCAACGUCACAUGACCUCAGCACUGCCAGAUACUCUAUAUGCGGCGCGUAACGUCACCAAUCAGCCGCCGGCGCCACGCUGUGAUUGGUGGAUGGGCCAGCCUGGCCCCUAUAAAAGGUCCUCCAGGGACAGUGGAACCUCAUCGCCUUCCUCGUCCUCCUCACUGACGACAAUGUCCGCCUCCUUCACCGCGCCGCUGCUCGUUCUCAUGCUGGCUUCGGCCUCCUGCUUCGAGCUCGUACCCGAGGAGGCCGCCCCCCGCCGGGCCCGCUUCUCCUCCAACAGCCCAGCCGACGUGGCGCGGUGCCUGAACGGCGCGGUGGCAGUGGGCUGCGGCUUCUUCUCCUGCCUGGAAAACUCCACGUGCGACACCGAUGGGAUGCAUGAGAUCUGCGAACUCUUCCUCCACUCGGCGGCAACGUUCAACACAGAGGGUAAAACGUUCGUCAAGAAGAGUCUUCAAUGCAUCACUCAGGGAAUCAGCACUAAGGUUUUCCAGACCAUCCGCCGCUGCAACAUCUUCCAGAGGAUGAUCGCUGAGGUAGAGGAGGAGUGCUUCAGCAGCCUGGACAUCUGCACGGUCGCUCGCACCAACCCGGACGCCAUCGGAGAGGUGGUGCAGGUGCCCGCCCACUUCCCCAACAGGUAUUACAGCACGCUGCUGCAGACGCUGCAGGCAUGCGACCAGCAGACGGUGGCUGCGGUGCGGACCGGCCUGGUGGCCCGUUUGGGACCCGACAUGGAGACCUUCCUCCAGCUGGUCCAGAACAAAGAGUGUGGCACCGGCCAGGCCGCCGCCCCCUUCAGCAACCCGGCCAGCUGGAGGAACGUCCCAGUCUUCAACAUCCAGCCCGGCUUCCAGGGUCGCGACCCCACCCACCUAUUCGCCAGGAAGCGCUCGCUGGACGACCAGAAGGCGGGGCCAAGCAGCCGCCAGUAGAUGAUGGAGUCGUGUCUUUAUUUUCUUGACCUGAUGACGUCUUUGUGCUGGACACCAAACGUCUCAUGUCUCUUUCAGUGUCUUCUUGUCCAUAAAUUAAAAGUUU